AUGGGAUUUGAGAAAGCCGGAGCUGAGAGAAAGUUGCAAUUACAGGAGCUAGAAUGCCUUCGUCUAGAAGCCUAUGAGAAUUCCAGGCUAUACAAGGAAAAAGUGAGGGCUAUACAUGACAAGAACAUAAAGCGCAGGAAGUUCAGACCUGGUGACUUAGUUCUCCUCUACAACUCCAGGUUGAGACUCAUGCCAGGCAAGCUAAGAUCUAGAUGGAAAGGCCCCAAUAGGGUGGAAAAGGUUGAACCUUAUGGCGUUUUCCAUCUGCGCCAUCCCUCAAGCAACAAGAUCCUCAAGGUUAAUGGUCACCGCCUAAAGCUUUACCAUGGUGAAAAGAUGAAGGACAACAAGGAACUAGAGAUCUUCCAUCUGGAAGAUCCAUCUUCAGCAGACGACUGA